ACGGUGAUGAAAGAAUUCACACUGGAGAGAAGCCCUAUGGAGGUGUGCAGUAUAAAAAACGUGUUUGCAAGUCACAGUCAUCUUCAUACAUGUAAAAGAACACUUACUGGAGAUUUCGUAUACUAUAAUAGUGUCCAAAUAAACAGAAGAACACAAAGAGAAGAGAAACCUUAUGAUUUUAACCCAUGUGGGAAAACCUUUGCAUGUUGCAGCAAUGUGGGAUGCCAGAAAAGAACGCAUACUGGAGAGAAACCACAUACAUGUAACUUACGUGGUAAAGCGUUUGCUGGCCAGAGUGAUCUUCAAAGCCAUAAAAGGAUGCAUACAGGAGAGAAGUCCUAUGAAUGUAACCAAUGUGGUAAGGCCUUUGCCCAUCACAGUGGUCUUCAAAGCCAUAUGAAAAAACAUACUGGAGAGAAGCUCUAUGAAUGUAACCAAUGUGGUAAGACCUUUGCCCAUCACACUGCUCUUCAAAGGCAUAAAAGUGCACAUACUGGAUUGAAACCAUUUGUUUGUAACUUGUGUGGUAAAGGCUUUGCAGGUAACAAUGAUCUUCAAAGACAUAAAAGAACUCAUACUGGAGAGAAGCCCUAUGAAUGUGACCAAUGUGGUAAGGCCUUUGCCUAUUACAGUACGCUUCAAAGUCAUAAAAGGACACAUACAGGAGAGAAGCCCUAUGAAUGUAACCAAUGUGGUAAGGCCUUUGCCUAUUACAGUGCUCUUCAAAGCCAUAAAAGAAUACAUACUGGAGAGAAACCAUUUUCCUGUAACUUAUGUGGAAUUGGCUUUGCAAGUAACAAUAAUCUUCAAAGCCAUAAAAGAACUCAUACUGGAGAGAAACCCUAUGAAUGUGACCAAUGUGGUAAAGCCUUUGCCCAACACGGUGUUCUUCAAAAUCAUAAAAGGACACAUACAGGAGAGAAACCUUAUGAAUGUAACCAAUGUGGAAAGGCCUUUGCCCAUCACAGUACUUUUCAAAUCCAUAGAAGGACACACACUGGAGAGAAGCCCUAUGAAUGUAACCAAUGUGGUAAAACCUUUACACAAAACACAAAUCUUCAAAGGCAUAGGAGAACACAUACUGGAGAGAAACCUUAUGAAAGUACCCACUGUGGUAAAGCCUAUGCCGGUCACAGUGAUCUUCAAAUUCGUCAAAGGACACAUACUGCAGAGACAGCCAAUUAAUGUAACAGAGAUGAUAAAGAUCCUGUCCUGGGCAUCAUCAAAGUCAUAAAAAGAACGCAGGCUAGAAAAACACACACACACACACACACACACACACACACACACACACACACACUUCCUAAAAUCCAAGCACAUUGAUUCCCCUUGAACAGUUGGUACUGUAAAUCUGUAUGUUUUUCUAAAACUGAAAGGAGCCUUUCCAUUUCCCAAUUAAGCAAGAAAAUGAAGCAAUAUUGUAGAUAUACUUUAA